UAUAGAUGAAGUUGUCUUUUUUUUCCUUCCACUUUUUAGUUAUCUGAAGGCGGUCUGUUUGUGUGCAUGAGCACAUUCCUGGGGUUUGGAAGGGAGCACGUAGAGCGACAUUAUCGGAAGACAGGGCAAUGUGUUUAUAUGCACUUGAAACGUCACAUAAGACAGAAAGCAACUGGAGCAUCUGGUGGAACACUACCAAGACGAAUCAAUAGCAAGCUAUUUUUAGACCUUGAAAUUGACCCUGAUUUCAACAGUGAUGACUAUGAGUAUGAAGAUGAAGCUAAACUUGUUAUAUUUCCAGAUCAUUUUGAAAUUGCUUUACCCAACAUAGAGGAACUGCCAGCACUGGUUACUAUCGCCUGCGAUGCUGUUCUAAAUUCCAAGUCUCCAUAUAGAAAGUUGGAACAAGAGUCAUGGGAAGAAGAAUUAAAAGUGUCAAAGUUUGCAAAUAAUCUUGUACAAAUAGACAAUGGAGUGAAGAUUCCACCAAGUGGCUGGAAGUGUUCAAAAUGUGAACUUCGAGAGAACUUGUGGCUAAACCUGACAGAUGGCUCCGUGUUGUGUGGACGGUGGUUCUGCUCAGGCAGUGGAGGGAAUGGUCACGCGUUGGAGCACCACAAGCAAAUGGGCUAUCCAUUGGCUGUUAGGCUUGGAUCAAUUACGCCUGAUGGAGCAGAUGUGUAUUCAUUUGAUGAAGAAGAAGCUGUUGUGGAUCCCCACCUUGCCAAACACCUUGCACAUUUUGGCAUCGAUAUGUUACAGAUGCAGGGGACAGAGAAAGGCGUUUUGGAUACUGAAGUUAAACCAAGGAUCAGCGAGUGGGAAAUCAUCCAAGAGACUGGACUGAAGUUGAAGCCGAUGUUUGGCUCCGGCUAUACUGGUAUUAAGAACCAGGGGAACAGCUCUUACCUCAGCACUGUGAUGCAGGUUAUCUUCAGCAUACCAGAAUUCCAGAGGGCUUACGUAGGGAGCUUAACACGGAUAUUUGACUAUGCUCCUCUGGACCCAACUCAAGACUUCAACACACAAAUGGGCAAAUUUGGCUAUGGGCUUCUGUCUGGACAGUACUCCAAACCUCCAGUGAAAUGUGAACUCAUAGAACAAGUGAUGAAGGAAGAACACAAGCCUCAGCCAAAGGGGAUUACAACUCGUAUGUUCAAAGCAAUAAUGAGCAAAGGCCAUGCAGAAUUCUCAUCAAAUAGACAACAAGAUGCACAAGAAUUUUUCCUGCACCUUAUUAAUCUUGUAGAGAGAAAUAGCACAAGCUCAGAAAAUCCCAGUGAUGUCUUUAGGUUUUUGGUGGAAGAGCGGACACAAUGUUGUCAGUCACGGAAAGUGCGCUACACAGAGAGAGUGGAUUAUAUAAUGCAGUUACCUGUGGCAAUGGAGGCUGCAACAAAUAAAGAUGAAGUGAUUGCCUAUGAUUUAAAAAGAAGAGAAGCAGAAAGUUCAAAAAGGCCGCUGCCUGAACUUGUGCGUGCCAAGAUUCCCUUCAGUGCCUGUGUUCAAGCCUUCACUGAGCCUGAGAAUGUGGAUGACUUCUGGAGCAGCGCUCUCCAAGCCAAGUCUGCUGGCAUUAAGACGUCUCGUUUUGCUUCAUUCCCUGAAUACUUGGUAAUUCAAAUUAAGAAGUUUACAUUUGGCCUUGACUGGGUGCCCAAGAAACUUGAUGUCACAGUGGAUAUGCCAGAUAUCCUGGACGUUAACCAUCUACGAGCAAAAGGUCUGCAGCAAGGAGAAGAAGAGCUCCCAGACAUUGCUCCCCCAAUUGUUAUUCCAGAUGAUCCAAAAGAUCGUUUUAGGAACCAAUUCAUGGAUCCUCCUGACAUAGAUGAGUCUUCAGUGAUGCAGCUAGCAGAGAUGGGCUUCCCUCUGGAGGCAUGUCGGAAGGCUGUGUAUUACACUGGAAGCAUGGGGGCAGAAUUGGCGUUCAACUGGAUUAUCGCACACAUGGAAGACCCCGAUUUUGCAGAACCGUUAACUAUUCCUGGCUGUCCUGCUACUUCAUCUACACUGCCAUCAUAUGGAGAGACUGCUCUGGUUAACCAGCCUCCAGAAGAGAUUGUUGCCUUGAUCUCCUCAAUGGGUUUCCAGAGAAAUCAGGCAAUUCAGGCACUAAGGGCAACAAAUAAUAAUCUUGAGCGAGCUCUGGAUUGGAUUUUCUCCCACCCUGAAAUUGAAGAAGAAGGUGCAAAUACUUCACAAUCUGUAGUUUCUGAGAAUAAUCAAAGUGGAAUUCUCACCAACAACGAUGAAGGUCCUCGAAUUAAAGAUGGAAAUGGAAGAUAUGAACUUUUUGCAUUCAUCAGCCAUGUGGGAACAUCUACCAUGUCUGGGCACUAUGUUUGUCACAUCAAAAAAGAGGGACGAUGGGUUAUUUACAACGACCAUAAGGUUACAUCAUCUGAGAGACCACCUAAAGACUUGGGCUAUCUAUACUUCUAUCAUAGAUUACCUUGCUAA